GCAGCUCGGUUGUCCUUGGACGUUUUUUGUGCUUUUUGUUCCGGCACAUGGUGGGACAGCCACUGGCGCUUGUCACAUGACCCAACAGUCCCACAAACCGGAAGAGGCUCCCAGCCAACAAGGCCGCCCAGCCGAGUUCUGCGCGGUUCCUGCUCAGGAUGUGACUGUCGACUCCGCCGCCGAACUCCGACCGAGCCUCCGACGUCCACUCCCCAGGGAGCCCCGCCAUGGCGCAGUGCGUGCAGUCCGUCCAGGAGUUCGUCCAGGACUCGUUCGUGCCGAUGGUGGCCGUACUGUGCAGUGACGAGGCGGAGAGGCUCACCCGCAAAAACAAGCUCAACUUCGCCGAGCUGCUUAGGCCUUUCUGUCGGCUGACUUCCGAAGGUCAUUUGCGGGACCCCAACAACCAGCUUCAGGUGGUGAAGAACUUUCGGAUCUGCGUGACCAAGGUGGCGCCGGGCGCUUCCCCGCAGCCUUCGGGCGCCGCCCUCAGCCCGGGACAGCGCCGCCGCCUCAACCAGGUGGUGCUCUCCUGCCAGCCACUCGAGGGCGCUCUCUCCACCGCCGUUGCAGCGGGCGACUACGACCUCAGCUUCAACGAUGAAGCUCUUAAAUGUAGCGCCCCCUGGUUCAGUUCAUGGAGAGACACGCUGAGCGAGGUGUGCGCCUCCAAGCUCUUCACAGCGACCACGCCCUGGUUCGAGGCCUACAGGGAGAACUUUCUUCAGUCCAUGCCGUCCUCCGACCACGAGUUCCUCAACCACUACCUGGCCUGCUUGUUGGUGGUGUCAUCAAGCGAGGCGGUCCCGGUGGAAGAGUUUGUCAAGCUGUCGCAGGAGCAGCACCGCAUACAGCACAGCGGAGACUACUCCACACCCAAGUGGUUCAUCCCCAACACGCUCAAGUACUACGUGCUGCUGCACGACGUCAGCCAAGGCGACGAGCAACGGGCCGAGGCGGUCCACGAGGACAUGAAGCAGAGGUACGGCCCUCAGGGCUGCUACCUGCUGAAGAUCAACUCCCGCACGCUUCCCGCCGAGCAGAACGAGCAGAUUCCCGACCCGUGGAGUCAGUACCUGCACAGGAGCGACCCACACAGCCAGGAGCAGCUGGAUGACGAUCCGGUUCCCGCCUUGAACUCCCGCGCUGAUGAAAGCGGCGGCGAGGCGGUGGAGGAGGCUGUUUCUGCAGACAACGAAGGAGGCCGUCCGGACCCGGACUCGGCGAGCAGCCCGGGCGCCGACGCCAAGAAGGGCGCCGGCUCGGCGGAGGUGACGCCGGGGACCCACGGGGCCUGUCUGACCCUCGGCGACCACGACCACAUCCGCCAGUUCGUCCAGGAGUUCACCUUCCGAGGCCUGCUGCCCCACAUCGAGAAGAACAUCAGGCAGCUCAAUGACCAGCUGGUGUCCAGAAAAGGUUUGAGCCGCUCUCUGUUCACGGCCACCAAGAAGUGGUUCGGCGGCGGCAAAGCUCCCGAGAAGAGUGUCAGUGAGCCCAAGAGCACCAGCGGGCUGCUCUACCCCCCGGAGGCCCCCGAACUGCAGAUCAGGAAGAUGGCCGACUUGUGCUUCCUGGUGCAGCACUACGAGCUGGCCUACAGCUGCUACCAUACGGCCAAGAAGGACUUCCUGUCGGACCAGGCCAUGCUCUACGCCGCCGGUGCCCUGGAAAUGGCGGCGGUGUCUGCCUUUCUGCAGGCUGGAGCCGCGCGACCGUAUCCGGCGCACUACAUGGACACGGCCAUCCAGACCUACAGAGACGUCUGCAGGAACAUGGUGCUGGCCGAGCGCUGCGCUCUUGUCAGCGCGGAGAUUCUCAAGAGUCAGGGGAAAUAUUCGGAAGCCGCCACGCUUCUUAUCAAAAUGACCAGCGAGGACUCGGACCUGCGCAGCGCCCUGCUGUUGGAGCAGGCGGCCCACUGCUUUAUAAACAUGCGCACGCGCAUGCUGCGCAAGUUUGCCUUCCACAUGAUCCUGGCGGGUCACCGGUUCAGCAAGGCGGGCCAGAAGCGGCACGCGCUGCGCUGCUACUGCCAGGCCAUGCAGGUGUACAAGGGCAGGUCGUGGUCCCUCGCCGAGGACCACAUCAACUUCACCAUCGGCCGGCAGUCCUUCACGCUGGGCCAGCCCGAGAAGGCCGUGCAGGCCUUCAAGCACAUCCUGACCAACGACGGGCGACAGACGGCCGCGCAGCAGGGCGCCUUCCUCAGGGAGUACCUCUACGUUUACAAGACCGUGGUCAGCCGGAGUGGCGUGCGCCUGCCUCACCUGCCGCUGCCGUGCAUCCACAGCGCCGCCACCAGGGUCUACUUCGGACACGAGCGCCGCCUGGCCGAAGGUGAGAAGCAGGCCGCCACCCACGUGUCGCUGGACCAGGAGUAUGACGCCGAGCAGGCCUCCAUGUGGUGCAAGCUGGAGGAGCAGCUGGUGGCCUCCGCCAAUCGAGGGGGGGUCCCCGCUAACUUCCAGCCCAGCCAGUGCUACCUCAACAGCCAGACGGACAACCAGCGCCACCCGCCGGCCGUCGUAGAAGAGCCGGUGGUGGUGGAGGUGAUGUUCAGGAACCCUCUGAAGGUUCCCCUGGCACUCUCCCGCCUCUCGCUGCUCUGGAAGUUCUCGCACGACGGCCACGCCGCUGACGGCGGCGAGGAUGCCGCCGGAGAGGAACUCGGCAACAACCUGGACGCCGAGGAGCAGGAGACGACGCCGAGAGACGACCUGGUCACCACCGAGACCAUCCCGGACUUUCACUUGGCUCCUGAAGAAACCAAAACGGCUCGGCUCAGGCUGCUGCCGCACCGGACGGGCUGCCUGAGCAUCACGGGCGUGGUCUACGACCUGGCCGCCGCGUCCUCGCCGGAGAUGCCCGACGACGACGGUAACCCCAGCGGGCUCGCCCUCGCCCUCACCCGCAGUGGGUGGCCUGACGCCCGGCGCGCCGCUCCUCUCGCAGGGAAGGCCGAGCUCGUGGUCGUCAGUGGCAAACAGGACCUGAAGAUUCGAGGCCCGCGACUCAAUCACACCAAAGAGGACAAAAUGUUUGUGCGCUACGGACCCGACCGGCGCUUACAGCCCAUCAUCACGCCGCCGAUGCCCCUUAUGGAGGUGUUCUUCCUGCAGUUCCCGACGGCCCUGCUGUGCGGCGAGAUCCGUAAAGCGUACGUGGAGUUCUGCAACGUGAGCGACGUGUCCCUGUGCGGCCUGCGCGUGGCGUCCACUCACCCCGACUUCUUCACCUUUGGGAGCCCGUCGGCUGGCACGCCGCUCAGCCCCGCCUCGGCCGAGAACUGCUCGGCCUACAAAACCCUGGCGGCGGCGCCCGGGUCCGCCCCGGCCCGCCAGACGCUGGUGUCGGCCGAUGACUUCGGGCCCGCGUCGGACGUGGUGGACGUCCCCGUCGGCGGCGCGCUGCAGCCGGGACAGUCGGCGCAGCUUCCCCUCUGGCUGCGAGGACCCGACCGGGAAGGAGUCCACGAGAUCAACUUCCUCUUCUACUAUGAAAGCCCCGAGAAAGGAACCAAGAUCAGCCACCGGGUCGUUCGCCACUCGGUGUUCAUCUGCGCCAGUCGCUCGCUCAGCGUUCAGGCUUCAGCCCGCGCCAGCGCCACAGCGCCCCGGCGAGGAUCCCAUCAAAAUGGCGGCGGCACGCUGGUCUUCGUCGACGUGGAGAACAUCAAUACGAGCGAAGCUGGCGUGCGCGAGUUCCACAUUGUCCAAGUGUCCAGCGGCAGCCGACACUGGAGCCUCAGCGAGUGCGUCAACCCGGCCAAGGAGAAAGACUGCAAAGUGAGCAGCAGAGAACGAGCCAAGCUUUGUUUCAGAGCCACGCCGUGCAAACCUCACCAAGCUACCUCGGAGGACGCCGACAUGUUCACUUUUGCCGACGUCCACCUGGGCGGCGAGCGGAUCGUCAGUUCGGCCACGCCGUGCGGCGACUUUUUCUUCCGCUGCCGUCGGACGUCCGAGUCUCGGCGAGCCGACGCCUGCCCCUCGGGGCCGAGGACGCCGUCGGGCGCCAGGAACCCCAGUCCGGACGCCGGCAAGGAGCUGCUCCGCGCGCUCCACGAGUGCGACCGGCUGGACCUCGACAUCAUCGUCAUCUGGAAGGCAUACGUGGUGGAGGACAACAAGCAGCUGAUCCUGGAAGGUCAACUCCACGUGGCUCUGCAGACGGUGGGGAAGGAAGCCACAUCCCUCGCGCCAAAACAGGAAGCUCAGGAGAUGGUUCUACUCAAGUUCAAGUCGGAGCCGCCUCCUGCCGCCGCGUCGCCGCCCACCCAACUGUCGCGACUCAUCAAGAGUAACCUGCACUACUCGGAGGCAUACGCACACGACUUCACGCGCGACAGUGUUUGUGUGGUUCCCGUUUCUUUGGUUUUGUCCAACUGCUACUGGACCGACGUGGACGUCACCGUAGACCUCAGGCACAAAAGCAGCAGUUCAGAGUGGAGCGAGUGCACAUGUAGCUUCGCUUGGGUGGGCCAGACUCGCUACCGGCUGUCGCUUUGUCCCCGUCAGACGCGUCACCUUGAGCUGCGAGCCUGCUUCCUCGCUCCCGGCGUCUACAACAUCAACACGCAUGGCGUGUGCGCCGCGCCCGCUGCGCGUCAAGACGGCGACGCCCAGGCGCAGGUUGCGCAGAACAACGCUGGACCGGCGCUCAUUGUCAUCAGCGACCAGUGACUUUGCCGCAAAGACAAAAGAAGAAGAGACCGACGUGACGCAAGCGGCAGGGAAGGAACCGUGACUUCCUGGAUGUUCAUCUGGAGCUUCUUAGUUUACAAGAAACCACAAACUGCAGCACCCGCGUGUAUGCGUAUGCCUGUGUACAGUCUGUACGGGUUGACGUGCCCGGCUGCAUUUGGCAGUGGAUGAAUGUGUGUGCCAGAGGCGCCACCAGAGGGCAGCAUCGGAAGUCCCGUCAGGUCUCCUCAAGGUGCUUUCGACUUCCUGCUGGCAUCUUGGAAGUUGGAGGGUGAAGAAAACCGUCAAGAAAAUGCAAGCCAGGCAUGUCUUAAAUGUUUGACACUCCCAAAUGGAACCUGCAGUCACGUGCUCAGCGCUCGUAUCCGAGCGCGGCGAACUCUGAGAGAAUGCGCCGAGGGAGCUGGCGAUCAGCUUUGGUUAUUUUUAGAAGUUCUCUACGCGGCUUCCGUGUUUAUCCUGUACGAUAUUUAUAACACAUAUCAUGUACAUAGAAAAUAAAUCCCAACUAAUUCUUCACUGACAA